UGUACAUUUGGUGUAGCACUCAGGGGGGCCGACAAGAUGCCCAUACAUUUGUCUGUUGCGAGCACCGGAGACGGUGGCAUGGAGAGUUACCACGCGAGCGACGGCAAGGCCGGCGGCCGCUCUAGCGGCGGGCCCGUCUACAAAGACCGCGGCUCUUCAUCCCACGGCGGGCGCUCGGGUGGCGGCAAUGGUGGUGGCAAUUAUCAGUCGUCGGGCUCUUCAGGUCGCGGGCUGCCGCGCCGGGGUUCAUCCAACUCGGUGGGCAGUGCGUCCUCGAGAGACCGGGAGCGAGACCGCAACGACCGGGAUCGAGAUCGUGAUCGGGACCGUGACCGGGACAGGGACAGAGACCGUGAGAGAGACCGCGACGGACGCAGUCGGCCGCGCUCGCGGUCCCGGGACGCCAACGCCAGUGGCAGCUCUAGAGAGCGGCGCAACAGCGGUGGGCGUAGUCCGUUCGGUGCGUCCGGUAGCCCAGCACUGCGUCUGCGAGAAAGGAAAAACCUGCUGCUGAUGCACCGGACAGGGGCCCGGAGAAACGAUCUGUCGCCGGCAGACGCGGCCACGCGUGUCAUCGGCAUGGACGUUAAGUACAUGAAGGACCCGGAGCACCCGUACGUAACAGACAAGCUGGCCAUGUUCCCGAGCGUGUUCCCGACGAAUGCCAAUUUCCCAGAGGAAAAAUUUCGCUUCCAUGCGCUUCGCAACGCAGCGUUUGUGAGUCCGCUGCCGCGCGGGUUCAAUCAGCAGUGGCAUCUGCAAUAUUCAGCGUUUACAGACAAGAAAUUGGCCAUUUUUGACGACCUCACGAGAGCCACUCGCGCGAUUCGCCGGUUACGCGAAGACACCGAGGAAUCAAAAGGUGCUGGAGCGGAGGAGGGUGUAGUGGCGGCCACCGCAGCUGUAGAGCGGGCUUUUACUAGCUAUUUGAUCCGCCAUGUGCGGCGACUGGAUGACCGUACAAGUCAUGUCUGGAUGAGUGAGCUGGCUAGUGGUGCUCGUACCGCUGCAGAACUUACACAGGCUCAUGGUGUGCCCUUCAAACAGUGGCGAGCAGUGCCGGGUGUAUCGAAAUGCCCACUUCUCGAGUUUGUGGUGAGGUAUCGACCGGGGUACGCUGAUGCUACGUGGUUUGUCCGGAUUAAUGUAGUGUACACUGAAAUGAGGGAGCUUCAGCGGGACAGCGCUCUUCGGACAGGUGAUUGGUUCUUUAGUCCUCGGCGGAAUCAGCGACGGAAUCAGGGAUGGACAGACAAGCUUGUAGAUUACUUGCAUUCAGUGGCGCGCCAGGCAGCACAGGACACCAGUACAGGGACGGAAAACAGAUCAAUGGAGGGACUAGCGAAGCCAGCGGCGAAUGGCGUUCAGGUAUCUAGUAACAACAGCGGGACGACGGUAGCGGCUAGUAAGGGGCUAGCACCGCAUACAAAAAUGACUCCAAGGCUACGGCACGGAGAAGCUCCAACGUCAACAAACGCAACUGGGACUGGCUCUGCUAUUCAGGCUGCUACGGGUAGCGGUGGAGUGGACAUUUCUCCUUCGUCACUAUCGUGGCAUGAGAAAUGGUCAUACGUGCUGAAGCUGUCGGAAUACCAGUUCAAGAUGGGAUUGCUAGACCGCGCACACUACUUUGACGGAUUGCUGUCACUCCUUCAGAAGUCUUUAACACCAAGAUCACAGCGUGGAGCAAACGGUCCCACACGGUGUUCGGCCGUGUUGCCGCUUGGAGUGAACGAUAUCAUGGAGCUGAUCUCCGUGAUCCAGAAACUGCUACCGGAGAUACUGCUGUCCGCGGAUACGGUUAUGGUGCUUGUAAAAACAGUGCUGCAACAUUUGCGCUACCUACUGCCUCCUGGUCGUCCCGUACCCCCAGAGACUGCAGGCAGCGCACUUCAAGAAGAGCUCCUUGUGGCUUUGUGUCAGUUGCUGCGCGAUAUCCUUCUCAACGGCAACGACGUUCUCGUUCGUCUUGAGGACAGUGCGCCUCCGUUAUGGCCAGCUUACGUAUUCACCGAUCGGUUUUUCAGCCGCAAUGCCUAUGGUGCGACUGCAAUACAGGCCUGUAUCGACCGUUGCCAGCGUAAAAACAAGGAGAUCGCUGGACGUAUUGUGCGACUACAACAGGCAUGUCCAUCUCUCAAUUCGGCGGGUGGAGGUCAGGUGCUUGCCGCUACCAUGCGCAAUGAGGCUCAGAUUCUCCAGACGCUGGACCGGUUUCAUCGCGUGGACUCAACCUCAGACUUACACCGUGUAUAUAGCGAAGUGUUCAGCCCACUCCCCACUGUAAGUUCAGGCGGAAGUGGAUCCUCCGCGGAGCUACCUGUCGACGUCGCUGCUCUCUUCCUAGUGUGCGAGUGGGCAGUGACAAACCAGCGACCAGCGGAAUACCGGUAUUUGUCUGCGCUGGCCUUGAUCGAGAUGCAUAGUAACACGCUACUGGAAUACGGCAAAGACAAGGGACUGCUACCUCGCUGCGGGCCUAAAGACCAUCAGGUGGUGCUUCAAAGCGCGUUGCAAAAUUUCUUGCAUCGUUACGAGCCCAAGGUUAUCACGGAAGUAACUCAGGUUAUUGAGCUUUUCUGUCUUCUGGUCCGACGUCGACUGUUCAGUGUGGCCAGCUUCGUGGAAUUCGCCUCGUGUUGUAACGAAGCAGCGGCUACAAUGAGCAACAGUCCGCUGCUAACUCUAGCCGCUGGAGCUGGGGGUUCUGCUGGCGUUACCAAGAGGAGAGAAUCAGCGCCAGUGGUUCAUACUGCCUACAACAUCGAGUGCUCACCAGGGCGAGGAUACAAGUCCAAUGAUAUCCACCUACUUUCCUCGAGCGACCGACUGAAGCUGUACUUGUGGCAGCUCCCUCGAAGCCCAUUCCCGUUGCCGACGUGCGUGCCAAUGCUUCCGGACGAUAGCUAUGAUGGCGAACUCAACUAUUUGCGCUGGCUUGAAGUCAUGGAGCUUCGUCGUGAACAUCUCAACUACUCGAAGACGUUGGAGCGAGCGCAGUCACUCUGUAUCUACGUAUUUCACACGCACGGUCAGGCUAAUGAUACGCCGAUGGUUGGAACACCAGGAGCUGCAGGUGCAACUCCAGCUGCUGGAAGUGCCAGCUCAGGGGACAGCAGUCGAGUACUGAAAGAAGUGGAGUAUCAGGGCAAAGUAGGCGAGCUGGUUUCAGCUGUGAAGACCAUGUGCGGCCACGACAAAGGACGAUUCACUCGCUGGUUUCUACACAAUAUUUAUGAAGAGGUGACGUUCUUCAGGUUCUCGGACUACGGCAGUGUGGAGCACGUGAUGCGGCUGGUAUGCCUCGUUCUUGAAAUCGUGGAUAUAUUGGCGCUUCUCGAAGUACUCGUACACUUCCUGCGACGCUCUCCAUGCUUCCUCGUCAAGAAUGUCGUGCUGGCAAUGAUUGAACGUCACGAACUCGCGUUCUGUGCCACGGACCAGAUCCCGUUCCUGUUACAGUCUUUCGUAGACCGUUUUCAUCGUAUCCCAAAGAACGCGGAUGAUAAAGCCGGCAACGUGGCGCAGUUCUUCUGCAAGAUGUACUACGCACAUAUCAAGAAGAAAGAGAUCGCUAAACUGGACUUGCCAUUCGCGCUGCUCAAGCCUAUUGCAGAAACCGCAAGGAAAAACCAAGAUGCAGCGGCAGGAGGAGCCGUGAAUGGCACAGGGGCCAAUGCAAAUGGCACUGGAGCCAACGGGAAUCAGAAGAAAGAACUGUCACUUGAGGCUACGAACCCUAUCGUGCGUAUCCCGCCACCCCGCGAGGUGCUUCCCCCGGAGCUGAAGAGUGCACUGGCCAAGUCGUUCAAAGCCUUGCAGGCGCGUUCUUUUGAUGGUCCUGGUGCCGAUGGGAAGCAGACGCCAGCAACUCCUGGUGCUGGAACCAGUACCCCGCUACAGAGUCCGAAUAGCAUGAACCAAGACACCACAUCGACCGAGUCCAUGGCAGCGUUUGAGCCUAAUUACGCGAGCUUAUCGUGGCAGGAGGUUGUUGGCGAAGCAACCCCAGUAGCCGAAGCCAAGUGCCGCGAUAGCGCCAUCGACUUUGCAGUCAACUCCAUCAACAUGAGCAUGACGUCCUCGUCUGUGGGGUCUACAAACGCGAAUGCUACACGGGAGCGGCGCACGCCUAACUACGUGUUCUUCUUCCGAGCUGUGCUGAGCGAGGCUAUGGACAAGUGGAUGGCCAACAUCUCGGCUCGAAUCAAGUCCAACUGCAAGCGGCCCAUCACUACCCCGCAUUAUGUGCACCGUUGCGUACGUCUCAUUCGCGAGGUCGUGGAACAGCAUCCUGAUAACGGCGAGGAGUUCAACGAAAAGUUCUCGAAUACCCUGGUUGUAUGGCUACAAAAGGAAGUGCUGCCUGGCUUCGCUGGUAGCGACACACCCAAGCGCUCGCGGAAUCCGUUCUUGAAUGUUGACAAUAGCAAGGAAGCCUUCGCUCUCAACCAGAAAGGCCGCCUGGACCGACUGCAGUACGGACUCAAGAGCUUCCUGGUCUCUCUGGUUGUGCAUAAAGUGUUAGAUCUAUCCCAGGUGCUCCGAUUGGUGCUCGUGCCGCUCUUCCCACGACUGCGCCGUGCCUCGCGUGAUCCUCCACCCAACCUGCCGACGCAGCUACUAGCUAUGGCACUGGUCUUCCAGCUGUUCUCUGAACCUCCGCAGAAUCUUCUGCUUGAUCCUCAAAAGUUGGUCAUGUUCGACGAGCCUUUGACGAAAUACCAUCUGCGCUUCCUGCGCUCCCAGGUGCCGGCAUGUUUGAUGUUCCCAUUGUGCUUCCUACUGUGCCAGAUCUCGUACCAGAUGGAGGAUAACUUUUUACUUCGCAAACGUGAAGAGCGUGGCUUGUUGGCUAGCGCUACGCUGUUCAACUUGACAUCCGACGGGAUUGUUCGCGAUACGAUCUUUUACGACACGAAAGAGGCCCGUGAAAAGCACAUCCUCCCGGUUUACCACAAGAAACAAUGGCACACAGCCGUUCUGCUAACGCACUUUUUCCGACCACCUUCAUCGCCGGCAGAGGACGCUAAUGGACAGGUCCAAUUGCUCAAGGUUGACCAAAUCAUCGACCAAAUGAACGUCUGGACACUUCAUCGAGGAGGGUCCAUUUACCUCGACUUGCAAAUGAGUCGACAACAGCAGAAAGUGAAACGAUCUAAGCGUCGCUCUCGACAGCAAACAGCGCAGCCCCAGACUGGCAACAAACGGAAAGCACCGCAAGGAGAGCUCUCUACGCGCUCUAGCAAGCGCGCAGCUGUGGAGAGCGGCGACGGCGCUGUGGCAGCUGCAGUCAAUGGCUUUACUGACGGCAAAACAUCUUUCGCGGAUAAACAAGUCUCGUUUGGUGGUAGUCUAUUGGGUAGCAACUUUUCGGAUGGAGAAGAAGACGCUGAUGAUGAUGAUCUGGAGCUGGAGUUGGGUUUUGACGAGUCGAGUAGCGCCACUGAAAUCUUGUCGAGUCUGAUCGUUCUGCGCACCCUCAAGCGCAGCUCGCGACCACCGCCCGGGGUAGGAUCGACUUCGUCAUCAUCUUCUUCGACGUCGUCGGUACCAGUACCCCAGACGACAUCUGCAACAAUCACUACGCUCUCGUCGUCGUCUCCGCUUGCUACACCCAAGCUCUACGGUACGCCGCACCAUGUGCACGGAGACGGAAAUGAUGGCAAACACCGUGGAAGUACGCCAGGACCAAGCGAUUCCCUUAAGAAGUCGGCGUUACCAAUGACAGUAGCAGCAAUGCAGAGCUCAUUGACUCCGUGUGAAGCUCGUAUGCUCGAGGCAGCGCGGGAGGCUCAAGAUUCGGCGGUGGCAUCUCUCUAUGCUGCCACGGUGUGUAGCAUCUCUAGACGCGCCAUGGGCUCGGUGAUUGCCAAAAUCCUCCAGAUUCUCGAAGACGAUGUCAAGCACACACAACCAGACAAGUUCGCGCGACAAAUUAACACGACGUCGGUCGUACAUCUCGUGGGCGGGAUUAUGGCAACACCUCCUGGAAACGCCUUCUUGCCGCGUUACAUGAUGUCACUUGCUGCGCAACUUGAGUGGCUCUACGAGGGCUGUUUACUUUAUGACACACAGCCCCAGUCUGAACCUGGUCUUCGCAACAGUCUCUUCCUGCGUCGCCUUCGAUGCAAAUUGGCUGUGAGACUGCAGCUUGUGGGCGUCAUUGGACCAAGCAAGCACGCUGUUUUGACGAUCUGCUAUCGUGAUCGCAUCGUCAAGACGUUGUUUGCGUUGCUAGGAACGUCGGUAGUCUCCAUUGGCCCAGGACUGUCGCUCUUCAGCUGGAUUCUAGACCUCAUCCCGAUCGUCAACGCCUCCGUCCUCCACGACAGACAAUUUGUAAGUAGCUUAGCUGUUGCAGCUGUAGAAUGUUCGCCGACUGACAUACUUUGUUGCUUACAGGAACUUGUGGAAGCUCUGCAGCUCCCUAAUGAACUAAAGCGACGUGUUUGGUCUGUUCUGCCGCGUCCGAUGAACAUGUUCGGGGCAGCGAAUGUGUUCGUGGGUCGCACUGUGACAUCGAUUCAAAGUGUUGGUACCACGAAGAAAACCAGGCCGGAGUAUGCGCCUGUAGACCCGUGGGCUUUGCUGGAACACGUGCCUCAGCUACCUAGCGACGCUCUUGCGCCAGCAUUGCCUAACCAGAUUCCUAAGCGACCCCGACGAGUCUUCCGGUGCGUGUGAGCUGCCACUUCACACGCGAACAACAGAGAUCCCGUGAACGCCACCUUUGUAGGCGCCUUGACAGUUGCCACUUUGUGUAGUAGUGGCAAUUUCUAAUGUAAUAUGGUUUGUUGGUCCAGGCCAACAAACCAAGUGAACGCAAGCAAGAACAUAUUUAAAGCAAAAAGAAUGCCUUUUCUUCGCCUUGUGAUGUUCUGAUUAAAAUGAG